CGGGAGCGCUACUGCCUGCCUCUGACGGCGCGGGCGCGGUAGUACGCGCGCUCUACUCCCACUAGUCGCGCGCCAUCUGCGCGUACGCAGCCUUCGCGUAGUGUUGCCACACUUCUAAAACCUAAAGUGAAACACGUUCCAGACUAAGUGGAUUACAGUGAAAAAACUCUGACUAGUGAGUUUAUGUGACAAAUCCAGUGUGGACAUGUGACACCGACACUGUAUCUACUUUCUUAUGGCAAUAACAUUCGUCUGACAACAACUAUUAACUGUUUAUAGCCUGUACAGUGCGUCUAUUGUAGUGUGGAAGCGUAUACUAAUCUAUUCACCUGUCUCGAUGCUUGCCACCACACCACCUUCUGCGGUUGGACUGUGAAAUGUGACAAAAAAUUGCAAUGAGCUUCUAUUGUCGUGCGGACCCUUCGUUUGUAAACUUUGUGGGUUAACUACCUGACUACUGGAGGGUUGAAUUGGACGCAUCUGACGAUCAAUCGUGCAACCAGUCUCCUUAUGUUUUUAAAGCGUGAUGUCGGACAACGGUGGAACAGUUGUAUCACGAGCUUCUACACCUCGUCCUGUUUCUGAUACACCAGUAAAUGCACCUUUACGAUCCAGACAUGAUCAGUUUCUUGCAAGUUCAACAGACAGAGCUCAACAAAGACCUUCUUCAAAUGGCAGAAAUCCAGGAAACAACUUUGAAUCACCACCCUUGCCCUACCAUCGACAGAUAACAUCUGGUUCUCUCCUAACCGCAUCCCAUCGCGAGUCGUCCGCCUUUGUUCCUGUAGUACCCACGCGAUCUAUACAUCCCGUUAUUUAUCCCAAUGAUAUGCAUCCUGCAUUAAUACCUUCAGAAAUUAUGGAACGAGAAAGAAUACUAGAAAGAGAGCGUGCUGAAUCAGCGAAAGGAUCUCCUGAUAGAGCAACAGGGAAUUUUCCUAAAAGGAACUUUGAUUUAAUGGCUAUGAUGGUUGAAAAAAGAAAAGAAGUAGCUCUUCGUGAGGCAGCAGCUGCAAUGUUACUGCCGCAUCACAGAACUUCAUCCAUGGAUGGCAUGAUAUCUGAUGGAUCAACUCAACCACCAAUUUACGGGCCACCAGGGGCAUUUCUUGGCGCUCCAGGUCCAUCUCCGACAACGCCCGGUAGUUUCACAUUUCCCGGGGCUGGACUUUUUCCACCUGGAGCAGGUCCUCAUCAAAUGCAUCCUCAUUUAGACCGACGGUUGCUGAGAGCACCAGGGAGAGCAUCAAGCCCCAAGAAGCAGUUCAUCUGCAAGUUCUGCAACCGCCAAUUCACCAAAUCCUACAAUUUGCUCAUCCACGAGCGGACGCACACGGACGAGCGGCCAUACUCUUGCGACAUUUGCGGCAAAGCCUUCCGAAGACAGGACCACUUACGGGAUCACAGGUACAUACAUUCUAAAGAAAAACCAUUCAAAUGCACCGAAUGCGGGAAAGGAUUCUGUCAGUCGAGAACCUUGGCCGUCCACAAAAUUUUACACAUGGAAGAAUCUCCCCACAAAUGUCCAGUGUGUAGCCGAAGUUUCAACCAACGCUCCAAUUUGAAAACACAUCUACUAACCCAUACAGAUCACAAACCUUACGAAUGCAAUUCCUGUGGAAAAGUAUUCAGAAGGAACUGCGAUUUGAGAAGACAUGCACUGACUCAUGCUGUGGGCGAUAUACCUCCAGGUGAUGUUUUAGAUGUAGGUGAAGAAGACAUUGGAAGACCUGGAUCACCUAUUGAACCAGGUUUCGAUGAUGAAGACCCAGAACUAUCAUCUCCUGAACAUUCUCCUGUAAGACGAGCACGGUCAUCUUCAAUAGAAAGUAUUGGAAGAGAACAGAGUGAAGAAAGACCAACACCUAGACGAAUGUCACCUUCAGCAGUGGAACGAACGCAGUGCCAUCACAAUGAGCCAAGAGAUCGAGCAAGUCCAUAUACAAUGCGUCCUCAAUAUCUAGAAAAAAGUCGUACACAUUCUUCUGAUAUGUACGAGAAACGACGAUACACUUCUGAUGAAAUUAUUGAAAAAGAAAUGCGUUACACUGAUUUACCUGAACAAAUAAGACAUCCACAGUUGCAAAUUCGACGAGAUUUACAUCAAGUCGCACCACCAGAUCCUUCAAAAAUUGGCCAAAUUGCAAAUUCACCUGUAGACCCAGGGCCUUCCGCGAUGUACUUAACUCCAUAUAGAAAAAGAAGUCAUCCACCUGAUAUUGGUGACAAUAUGAGGACUUGUGCUGCAGUUUAUAGAAGUAGAUCACCCGAACCGACUAAUUUGACUAUGCCACGACAGCCACUUGGAAAUAACGAAGUAGUAGUGGGAAUGCCACCAUCAAUUAUGGGAAUGCCUUCGUACCAUAAGUUUGGUUUACCAAUGCCACCGCCUCAUCCUCAAAUGGCGUAUGGACCAGUACCCCAUACAGUUCUUGGACCACAGCAAACUGUAGCCCAAGAUUUAAUAGUUAAACAUGCUCCACCAAAAGACUCUGUACCCAGCUGCACUUCAACAAGUGUUACAAUGUGCAAAGAUGGGAUGCAAUCAAACGUAAAAGAUUGUGAAGAAACAAAUUCGAGUGCUAUCGCUAAUGGAAUAAAGAAUAUUGUGGGAAUACAACCAACCAAUCCCAAGCCAGGAACGAGUCAAUCCAGUGGACCGAAAAAAGGUUUUAGUAUAGAAGAAAUCAUGAGACGAUGACUUGCACCUAAAGUUAUGUUAGUGCGAUGCAAAUUGAUGAUUUUCUUAAAUGUAAAUGUGAGUAUCGUCUGCAAUUUUAAGUUUAGUUGUAACAUUUGUGACAAGUAUUAUUAGUUCAAGUUUUGAUUUUAUGUUGUGUAAAAUUGCUCGAGGUGUGUUGUUUGUACGUAUUUGCAACGUGGAUUUGGUUUUCGUAAAGAUCUCAUAAGGUUUGUUUGUGCAGUGUUUUGUUUACCUCCAAAUUUUAAAAAUUAGUUUAUCAAAAUUGUAGGCAAUAUAAUAUUAUAUAUUUUUUAUGUUAUUGUUAGACUUUUAAUGUGUAUUAAAAAAAUAAUACAAUUUGCAGUGUAAUCCAUCUAUUCUCAUAUAUAGUUACUUGAUUGUUAUUAGACAUUAAUGUCAUCGAAAGUAGCGACUGGUUUUUUUUAGUUAAUAAUACUGUUAUUUAUUAUUUAAAUACUUGGUAAGUUUAAUUUUAAGUUUAUUAUUAGAAAAAUAAUUUAAUGUAUAGUAUAUUCAUCAUUCACAUCACAUAAAAAUCAUUGUGUUUUCCUGUAUAUAUAAUUCCAUAAUAAAUUAAGUUUGUAUAAUUAAUAAGUACUGAAAAAAGAAAAUUAUUGUAAUUUAUAUACAAAAUAAAAAAGAAGAUUCCUUUACUGUAAUAUUUGAUACAAUCUCUAAAUAAAAAGUACAAGAAUUUUUUUGUAAGAUGUAAAAUUUGGUUGUAAUAGUUUAACUAAGCACAUUUAUUUCAAAAAAAUAAAUAAAAAGCUGUUGCUCAGAUGUAAUUUAAUAAAUUU